AUGCUAAAGGGCAGCUUCCUUAAACUUCAUUGCUUUUCCAGAUUUCUUAAACAAGUGGGCACUGCUUACUUCGUGUACCCUGCUGCCGCUCAAAAUCGUUUUGAACACUGUCUCGGAGUAUGCCAUCUUGCUGGCUUGCUUGUCCAUGCCCUCCAAGCCCGCCAGCCUAGUUUGGGUAUCACCAAGAAGGAUGUAUUGUGUGUUCAGCUUGCUGGCCUGUGUCACGACCUGGGUCAUGGACCCUUCAGUCACCUGUGGGAAUGCUUUGUUAAGGAGGUCAAACCAGAGAAGGGCUGGAGGCAUGAAGAGGCUUCAAUCAAAAUGUUUGACCACUUGAUUGAAAGAAACAACCUUGAAGAUGAAUUCAGACGGUAUAAGUUGGAUGACAGGGACAUCAUAUUCAUCAAAGAGCUGAUUGGAAGACCAUACAAAGCUUCCUUUGGAGACUGGCCUUACAAGGGGCGACCCAGAGAAAAGGCUUUCCUCUAUGAAAUUGUGUCCAACAAGCGAUCAGGUAUUGAUGUAGACAAAUGGGAGUACAUUGUACGAGAUUCCCACAGCCUUGGUAUUAAGGUUACAUUUGACUAUCUCCGUCUUAUAAAGUUCUCACGUGUAAUUAAUGUGGAAGGAGAGGGGCCACAGAUAUGUGUGAGGGAUAAGGAAUGUGUUAAUCUAUAUGACAUGUUCCAUGCCAGACGUAUUUUGCAUAGAACUGCAUACCAGCAUAGAGUCACCAAAACAGUUGAUACAAUGUUUAUUGAUGCUUUUCUGCAUGCUGAUAAACAUGUAAAGUUUCGGGGAGAUGACGGGAAGAAAUACUGCCUUAGUGAUGCCUGUGACAACAUGUCAGCUUACACACUCCUCAAUGACAGUGUGAUCCACCUAAUCCUGCUAGCUGAGGGAGAGCAUCCAGAUCUUCUGAAAGCCAAGCAAAUUAUAGAAAAUGUACUUAGUCGGAAGCUCUACAUUUAUGUUGGCCACACUCAGCCCACUACAAAUGAUAUUAGUCAUGAAGAUCUCCUCCGUUCCUUGGAGAAAAACAUUCCAAAAGGAAGUUCGCUUACUCUUGACAAACUUGACAUCCAAGAAGUAAGGCUGAAUUAUGGCAUGGGCAGCCAGAAUCCCAUUGAGCAUGUGCGCUUCUACAGCAAGAGUGCCCCAAAUACUGCUAAAGUACUGAGGAAGGAAGAAGUUUCGGCUAUGCUGCCGCAAAGUUUCCAAGAGGUGAUGUUCCGCCUGGUAUGCAAAAGCUUUGAUGAAAACAUAUUCUUAGAAGCACAGAAAUUAUUCAUGGCAGCUUGUACGGAACUUCAGAUGAAGGAACCAUCAAUGGACUCCUGGCCAAGCCACUUAACUCCUGUCAAACGAAAUACUUCAAACAACAGCCAACAAACUGCAAAUGGAUCGAGGCCUUUGAAUAGAUCAGCUGUGACAAGUUUAACAUUUGAAACUUUAUGAAGGUUGUUUUAGUACUGCCCAGUCUAAGAAAGAUCUUUAGCAUUCAAUUUGUUUUAAAGAAGGAAAACUUGAAUGAUGUUGUAUAAACAUGUUAGCUAUAGAUUAUAAAAAAUCAGUCAAUCAUUCAGUAAGAAAUAAUGCCAGUGGGGGUGCUUAGCUGCAUCCACCCUUUGCAUCCACCAGGUCUCAGCCCAUAUGUAGCUCCCCACAGUAGAUCUGAUCAAUUUUACCAAGCCAUGACUUCCUAGCUUGUUCCACAUGUCUCCUUUACCUGGGGUUAUGUGAGGAACAGGUCUUGUGCUGUGCUCACUGUACAAUUGUUGGUCUGACAUGUGAUCCUGCCAACUGUACCCCAUGAUCCCUUGCAAAGACCUGUUACAAAAGGCAUCAAGUUGGUAACUUGGUCCUUCUGCACAAGGUCUGGUAUCCCCAAAUACUCAAUUGAUUGAGUUCAUGAUAGCUGCUGCCAGACCAUUCAGUCUACUGACUUUCUGGUCUGACAGCUUAGUCAUGAACUACAUUACCAAGGUAUAUAAAAGUCUAUGUGACCUCAAUAUCCUCAAUGAAAACAUGUUCCGACUGAGCAGGUUCUUCUAGCAGGCCAUCAAUUCUUGGAUGUUGUCUUGGUCCAGGAGACCAAGAUCAAAGGACUCCACUGCAUUCCUAAAUGCAUCUAGAGCCACCAGUAGUGUUUCCAGAGACUCCAGCAUAGUAACAUUGUCAGUGAUCUUGAUAGUGCCCAGUGUGAUACAUACACAAGGAUAGUGCCUAGUAGCCAGUCCAUGCAAGUGUUGAAAAGUGUAGGUGGAAGAUCACAGCCCUGCUUCACUCCUGAAUUCGCAGGGAAGAACUUAGAUAGGCCUGUUUGCAGCAUUUUCCAUAUCAGUAUACUGGCUUGAAAUUAAUUAAAUAAUUGUUGGUAAUUCAA